AUGAGCCACGCCGUUUCUUGCUUGCUGCAUUGUGCAUGUGGUUUUCAAAUUCAAUAAAACACGUGUUGUCAAUUCUAAAAUUAUAAAAAUAUCACAGUAUUUUUAAAGUUACAUAGGUAGCCUAGUAUUUAUUGUAUAUAGCAUCGUAACUUUAAUAUAUUGCGACUAAUUGACAUAUAGCAAGCUCGGAAUACAGUGCAUUAAUUCAUAAUUUAUCCAAUAUGACUGAUGAAAACGUGGUAUCUGAAACCAAUGGAAAAGAAACGAAUAAAACAGAAAAUAAUACAGAGGAGGAAACUGAUUUGGAUAAAGCUAUCAUUAGACAAUUAGAAUAUUACUUUGGUGAUCUUAAUCUUCCCAGGGAUAAUUUUUUACGAGAACAAAUAAAACUUGAUGAUGGCUGGAUACCACUUGAAAUCCUCGGAAGAUUUAACCGCCUUGCCAAACUGUCUACUGAUACUGAUGUUAUUGCAAAAGCAAUUAGCAAGUCAACUUCUGGAUUAAUUGAGGUAUCCGAAGACAACAAGAAAAUACGUAGAAAUCCUGAGAUGCCAGUACCAGAAAUGAACGAGGAGAGACGUAAAGAGCUUACAUCAAGGACAAUCUAUGCAAAAGGAUUUCCUAAGGAUGCUUCACUUGAUGAUAUACUGAAAUACUUCAAACAGUUUGAGGAAGUAGAGAAUAUCAUCAUGAGGAAAUAUCAAGACCGACAAACAAAGAAACGCAUUUUUAAAGGAUCAGUUUUUGCUACAUUUAAGACAAAAGAACAGGCAGAAAAGUUUUUAGAUAACAAGGGCUUAAAAUACAAUGAUACUGAUCUUCUAAUACUGUGGCAAGAUAACUAUACGAAGCAAAAACAAGAAGAAUAUGCUGCUAAGAAGGAUUUUAAAAAGAAAGAUAAAAAACACAAAGGAAAAGAUGGUAAAGAGGAAAAGGAAGAAUUCACGUUACCCACAGGAACGGUGCUUCACUUCAGUCAGGGACAUGACAAAAUGACCAGAGAAGAUAUUAAAGAAGCUCUCACUCCUCUAGGUCAGGAAAUCGCAUAUGUCGAUUUUAAAGUAGGCGACGCUGAAGGAUGGGUGCGUUUAUCCAAAGAGAAUAGUGCUAAAGAUUUAACGGAAAAAUUAACUGAUGGCAAAGUCAAAAUUGGCGAAUCGGAUGUCGUAUUCCGUAUCCUGGAAGGUGAAGAAGAGAAAACAUAUUUAGAAAAAACUGUGGAACAAAUGUCGAAACGUCGCAAGAAUAUGAAGAAUUUCAAACAGAACAAAGGCAAGAACUUUAAGGGAAAACAAGGUAGAAAGAGAAAGUCGGAUCAUAACGACGACGGGCCCCCGGCCAAAAUAAAAAUUAGCGAUAGUUAAUAAACUUAAAAUAGUUUCGAAGAAUGUAUAUUUAAAGUUUUCUCUGUAUCUCUGUAGUCUUUUGUAUAAGCGUACAAAUAUUAAAAAUGACUUCAAAACACAUAAGAAAUAACAAAUAAACUGCCUAACUUGUUAGUAAAUAAGUUAGGUUUAGUAUAUAGACAAUUUAAGACCCCAUUAUGUGGAGCUAUGUCGCUAUUGUUAUAUAUUAACAAGAAUUACAUGAUUAAAAGUUAUAUUUUAUGA